AAACACCGAUGCUCUGCUCUGUGAUCAUGAGUCUGUCUGAACACUGGCUGGUUUUGUUCGCGGCGCUCCAGUGCUCGGGAUCACAUUUGUUUCACUUGAGGAGCGCGAUGUCGACGGAAAACCCAAAGCAUCAUGGGAGGAGUGUGACGGUUUGAGACCUGCUCUGCUUCAGACAUCAGAUCAGCCGCUGAAGAUCUGGAGCGCUGAGGAUUUACUCACACUCAGAAUUAUUUCUCCCAUCAGCUGAUUUCUCGCUGUUGCCACAUCCUGUGAGACUGAAAUGAGAAGUCUAUACUGAAGGAGCGAAGGAUCAGUCUGUAUUUCCUCUGAGACGCCGAAGACUGCUAAACUGUUGAGCAGGAGCGGCUCUGAGAUGUUCUUCACGCUCCUAUUGCUCAUCGGGAUCCUGUUCGGUCAAGUUCAGGGUUGGUCUGAACCGCGGAUCAGACUGAACUCUGGAGCUCUGGCCGGCACAGAUGUGAUCCUGGACUCCGGAUCUCCCCUUCAGCUGGUCUGUGAGGGCGACGGUCCAGUGACAUUUCUUCCCCGUCUUGCCAAACACAAGCGCUACAUAUCCAAAGAAGCGGGGAAAAUCCGGACUUUCCGUGUGGAAAAGGCAACGGUGGACUUCACAGGAACAUACAAGUGCGUCUAUAUGAAUGAAAAUGAUUCAAACUCGUCGUCUUCAGUUCAUGUGUUUGUCAGGGAUUCUCGAGUUCUCUUUGUUUCUCCGAGUACGUCUCUGCGUUAUGUGCGGAAAGAAGGCGAAGAUCUGUUGCUCCCAUGUCUUCUGACGGACCCGGAGGCCACAGACUUCACAUUUCGCAUGGACAACGGCUCAGCAGCGCCCUACGGCAUGAACGUCACCUUCGACCCUAGAAAGGGUGUCCUGAUCCGCAACGUUCAUCCUGGAUUUAACGCCGACUACAUUUGCAGUGCUAGAAUCGGAGGAGCUGAGAAAGUGUCAAAGAUAUUCUCGAUAAACGUCAUUCAACGGUUACGUUUUCCACCAUAUGUGUACCUGAAGAGGAACGAGUAUGUAAAACUGGUUGGGGAGAGACUUCAGAUCAGUUGUACGACAAAUAAUCCAAACUUUUACUACAACGUCACAUGGACACACUCCUCAAGAACGCUGCCCAAAGCAGAAGAGAGAUCAACAAUGGAGGGCGACCGUUUAGCCAUCGAGAGCAUCCUGACCAUCCCGUCUGUUCAGCGGUCGGACACUGGGAACAUCACCUGUACGGGUCAGAAUGAAGCCGGGGCAAACAGCUCCACCACACAGCUGCUGGUUGUAGACGAGCCGUACAUUCGACUUUCACCGAAGCUCUCGUCUAAACUCACGCACCGUGGUCUGUCCAUCGAGGUGAGCGAAGGAGACGAUGUGGAUCUCGGGGUUUUGAUCGAAGCGUAUCCUCCUCUGACUUCACACAAGUGGGACACGCCCACAUCCCUUAAUGCCUCACUCCAAGAGAACAGGUUUUACAACCAUAAUGACAGGUACGAGGCACUGCUGUUCCUCAAGAGACUGAACUUCGAGGAGAUCGGCCAAUACACGCUCAAUGUCAAGAACAGCAUGAAAAAUGCCUCCAUUACUUUUGAUAUUAAAAUGUACACGAAGCCCGUUGCGAGGGUGAAAUGGGAGAACGUCACCACUCUGUCCUGUCGAUCUUAUGGAUAUCCAGCUCCCAGCAUCCUCUGGUACCAGUGCACAGGAAUCAGAACCACCUGUCCUGAAAACACCACAGAUCUGCAGCCGAUCCAGACGCAGACGGUGGAGUUCCAGAAGGAGAGUUUCGGGGCUGUUGGAGUGGAAAGUGUUCUGACCGUGGGCCCCAACCAAAGGAUGACCGUUGUCUGUGUGGCCUUUAACCUGGUCGGUCAGGGCAGUGACACCUUCUCCAUGGACGUCUCUGAUCAAAUCUUCACCAGUGCCAUGUGUGGAUCGACGGUGGCAAUGGUGUUGCUCGGGUUGCUGCUCAUCUUCAUGAUCUACAAGUACAAACAGAAGCCCAGAUAUGAGAUCCGCUGGAAAAUCAUCGAAGCCACAAAUGGAAACAACUACACCUUCAUCGACCCAACACAGCUGCCGUACAACGAGAAAUGGGAGUUUCCUCGAGACAAACUCAAACUCGGUAAGACUCUUGGCGCUGGUGCGUUUGGGAAGGUGGUGGAGGCCACAGCUUACGGUUUGGGUAAAGAGGACAACAUCACACGAGUGGCUGUGAAAAUGCUCAAAGCCAGUGCUCAUCCCGAUGAACGUGAGGCUCUGAUGUCUGAGCUGAAGAUCCUCAGUCACCUCGGCCAGCAUAAGAACAUUGUCAACCUGCUGGGCGCCUGCACACAUGGAGGGCCUGUGCUUGUCAUCACGGAGUACUGUUGUCAUGGCGACCUGCUGAACUUCCUGCGCAGCAAAGCGGAAAACUUCCUGAACUUCGUGAUGACCAUUCCCAACUUUCCUGAGCCCGUGACGGAUUAUAAGAACGUCAGCACCGAACGAAUGUUUGUGAGGAGUGACAGUGGGAUUUCCAGCACCUGCUCUGAUCACUACCUGGACAUGAGACCAGUCACAUCCAGACCAACAAACUCUGCUCUGGGUGAGUCUGCAAAGCACUUGGUCAGGAGGAACUCGUGGCCGCUGGACAUGGAUGAUUUACUCAGAUUCUCAUCUCAGGUGGCGCAGGGACUUGACUUUCUCGCUGCUAAAAAUUGCAUCCACCGAGACGUGGCGGCCAGAAACGUUCUGCUCACCAACAGCCGAGUGGCCAAAAUCUGUGACUUCGGACUGGCUCGAGACAUCAUGAACGACUCCAACUACGUAGUCAAAGGAAAUGCUCGUCUCCCAGUGAAGUGGAUGGCUCCAGAGAGCAUUUUCGAGUGUGUUUACACGGUUCAGAGUGACGUCUGGUCUUACGGGAUCAUGCUGUGGGAGAUUUUCUCACUGGGAAAGAGUCCGUAUCCAAACAUCCUGGUGGACUCAAAGUUUUAUAAAAUGAUCAAGUGUGGCUAUCAGAUGUCCAGACCUGACUUCGCUCCUCCAGAGAGUGAGUACACGAUCAUGAAGAUGUGCUGGAACCUGGACGCCGCUGAGAGACCCACAUUCAGCAAGAUCAGCCAGAUGAUCCAGAGGAUGCUGGGAGAAACACCUGAGCAACAGGACACUCAGGAAUACAAGAACAUCCCGGCUGAAGCUGAAUCAGAGCAGCAGCUGGAGUCAUGUGACCCCGUGAAGCAUGAAGACGAGUCAUUCGAGACGUCAUGUGACCAGGAAGAAGAGGACCAGCCGCUCAUGAAGCCCAACAACUACCAGUUCUGUUGAGCAUCUAGAACUAAUCAACCAAGUAACUAACAGCACAACAGCUGCAGACACACACACGUAAAGCCAGCAUUCAUUCUGUCUGUCCUCGUAUACACUCACUGGGUGAUUUUACAUGCUGGUUCUGGGUGAUUUAUAUCUCGUAAACAGUCCUGAACAAGUCUAUAUGUUGUUUUCCAGUACAAAUAUCUAAUUCUGUUCUUAAAUCAAGAGGUAUUUACUUUAAUGAGUCAAAUCAAUUCAUGAAAUCUUAUUUUGAAAGAAGUAUCUUUACAUUUUAAACAAGAAGUCUCGUGUUUUUUAAUUAAAUGUAUUUUCUGACACCACGGACAUGAAUUUUUCCCCGCAAGGUAACACUUUAAUUUAAGUACCAGUUUUCACUAAUAACUACUGCCUUAUUACCAGCUUAUAAAUAAGAUAUUAGCUGUUUAUUAGUUCUUAUAAAGUAUGAUCUUAUUGUACAUCCCUAAUCCUGCCCAGUUUAAACCCAACUACUACGUUAAUAAUUACUAAUAAGCAGCCAAUUUGGAGUUUAUUGAGCUAAAAGUCUAAUUAUCAAAAAUUGUACCUUAAAAAUAGAGUGUGAUCUUAAUUAAUUAUCUAGUCCACUUAUUAAUAUUUACGUUACGUAAUCUCUUUCUAUAUGACCCUCUAUAUGCAAGGUUGUAACAAUUUUGGGGGCUCGUCCGGGAUAUUUUAAAAAUCUUAAACCGGACUACUACCUUAACUAUUAAUAAGCAGCAAAUUAGGAGUUUAUUGAGCUAAAACUCUUAGGUAAUGGUUUGUCAAUAGUGACAAUUAUACCUUAAAAUUAUAUUUACGUUAUGUAAUCCCUUUGUAUAUGACCCUCUAUAUGUGCAAAGAAACACGUGAUUUUAGGGGGUCGUCCGGCAUCUAUUUUUUUAUUUUCUUUAAAAGUAUCAUGAGACAUUUUACAUCUCAAAUAUAUUAAUCCUGAUUUACAUAUCUUAUUAUACAUCCAUAUUCCUGCCCUAAACCCAACAACUACCUUAUUAACUAACAAUAAGCAGCAAAUUAGGAGUUAAUCAAGCUAAAAGUCUUAGGUAAUGGUUUGUUAAUAGUGACAAUUGUACCUAAUUAUUUAUACAGUUUACUCAUUUUUAUUUACGUUACCCAAUCUCUAUCUAUAUGAACUAUCUAUCUUUAAACUGGACAAUCAGUUUUUUUCCGUCAGAGCAGCAAAAAGAUGGAAUAAAAUACCAGCACAUAUCAGAGAGAGUACUACUUUUACUAAUUUUAAAAUGGUUAAAAUUUGGCUUAAACAAAAUCAAAUAUACAGCCACUGAUUUGAUUUUACUGACAAUGAUGUAUUGUAUUGUAAGUGUAUAAUGUAUUAUUUUUUACUAUUAAAUUUGUUACAACUUCCUGCCCUGGGACUACAGAUGUAAAUUAGCUUUAUAGCUAACUCUGGUACAACAUGUUGUACCAUGUCCCUGUAUAAAUAAAUAAAAUAAAUAAAUAAAUGACCCUCUAUAUGCAAGGCUGUAAAAGUUUUGGGGGGCUCAUCCGGGAUAUUUAAAUAAAAUCUUAAAAAAGUAUCGUGAGAUCAUCUCAAAUAAAUUAAUCCUGAUUUAUGAUUAUUUUACAUAUCCUAUUCUACAUCCCCAUUCCUGUCCUAAACCCAACAACUACCUUAAUAAAUAUUAAUAAGCAGCAAAUUAGGAGUUAAUUGAGCUAAAGGUCUUAGUUAAUAAUUUGUUAAAAGUGACAAUUUUUACCAAAUUAUUUAUAUAGUUCAAUCAUUUUUAUUUAUGCUACCUAAUCUCUAUCUAUAUGACCCUCUAUAUGCAAGAUUGUAACAAGAUUUUGGGGAGUGGGGGCUCGUCCGGGAUAUAUUUUUAAAACUUUCUUUAAGUAGUAUCAUGAGACAUUUUACAUCUCAAAUAACUUAAUAUUAUAAUAUACUUAUUAUUAUAUAUAAUAUUUAUAUUAUAUAUACUUUAUAAAUAUUUAGAUAUACUGGAAAACUAAGUAAAGGCAUGUUUAAAAAAAAAAAACAUCCGGUUUCACUUCCCCACCAAAUGCGUAAGUGGAAAAACACAGAGCUUAAAUCUGUGUCGUCCAACGUGCUUUUUUUGGCAAACGUGUGUCUUUUUUUGUUUUGUUACUUGAACUUCUCUGUCAUGGAUGUUUGGAAAGCAGCUUGUUCAGCGUUUCGAUGUGCAAACGCUGCAUGUUCCACUUCCACUUUACAUGCACUUCUUCUCCAGUCACCGGAAAGAAACAAACAAACAUCUGUCGUCACAUCUGUAAUAUGAAGUUUUCCAUCAGAAAAUCAGGAUUUGUUUGGCCUGAAUGUAAGAAGCGCAGGUCAAGCACUCCAUAAUCUGUGUCUCCUGCUCCAGUUCCGAAUCUAAAUGCUGUUUUAUUGCAAUGAUAGUUGAGGUCAGCGCAGGUUUACAGGACACGUUCACGUCUCCAGAUUAACUGCAGGUCAAUCGGGCGUUCUCAUUAACCACAACCCUAAAAAGCCUUCAGAACGAUACUGACUGACCGCACACGUUUAAUAGGAAGGAAAACUAAGCAUUUGUUUUUCCUCUAACUUAAAAUGACAGCUAAACAGGUUUCAUUUCAUGUUAUUGUGAACGCAUACUCAGCUAUACUUGUUUUUAUCUCAUAUUACAGAACAAACAUCACAUUAGACUUAAAAUCGAGCUGCUGUUACUUGAGAAUAAUGAUUUAAAAUCUUCUUUUAUGAAAAAUGUGCUUGUUUACUUGGAUAAUAAUGUAUUUACUUACUUAUCAUGAAGGAAUUCUGCACCUCACAUCUCUGUGUGUUUAUUUUUAAUGCAAAACUGCUACUAAUAAACUGUAUUAAGUGUUUAUGCUUAAAGUUAGCAGUGAGGUAAUGCAAUUGUUAAACUCUUAUUUCAGUUCAUAUUGCAUUGCUAGUAAAUGUACGUUGAUUUAAGAAUGUUUAGGUGUUUGUAUUGGAAAACAGAUAGCAUUAAUAUAAGAAAUACCAUUACUGUUUUUAAUCAGAAUCUUUAUUAUUUUGUUCAUACUUUAGACAGGUUAUUUUGCUUUUCGAAUAACUAAAAUGUAAUAAACUAGUGAUUAAACUUGAGCUGCUUUCAUCUCACCUAAGACUCAAGAUUGGUGCAAACUAAACUGAAACUUAACUGGCUAGCCAGCUAAUUCAGUUCUAUAGUACAGGCCCCAGUUUUGUUAUGUGUGUUGUUCUCCCCUGUGCCAUAUGGGGUUAGAUUUGUGACAAUUCUGUGUGUAAAAGAUCAUGUUUUGAGCAUUUAAAAUGUCUUGUUGCACACUCGUUAGCAGUUCUGUAUGCAAGAGAUCAUGUUUUUAGAGCGCAAAUUGGCUUAUUGCACAUCCGUUAGUAAUACAGCACACAAAAGUUCAUGUUUUGAGUGUGCAAAACGCCUUGUUGCACACACAUUAGCAGUUCUGUAUGCAAAAGGUCAUGUUUUGAGCAUUUAAAAUGGCUUGUUGCGCACUCGUUAGCAGUUCUGUACACAAAAGUUCAUGUUUUGAGUGUGCAAAAUGCCUUGUUGGAUGUGAGUAGCAUUUCUGUGAGCAAAAGAUCAUGUUUUGAACAUUCAAAAUGACUUAUUGUAUGUUUGUUAACAAUUCUGUGCACAAAAGAUCAUGUUUUGAGCAUUUAAAAUGACUUUUUGAACGUGCAUUAACAAUUCUUUGCACAAAAAAUCAUGUUUUAACCAUUAAAAAUGACAUCUUGCACUUGCGUUAACAAAUCUGUGCACAAAAGAUCAUGUUUUGAGCAUUUAAAGUGACUUCUUGCACAAGCAUUAACAAUUCUGUGUGCGAAAGAUCAUGUUUUGAGCGUUCGAAAUGACUUGUUAAACAUACAUUAGCAGUUCUGUGCACAAAAUAUCAUGUUUAGAAUGCUCAAAAUGUCUUGUUGCACAAGUGUUAGCAAUUUUGAGAGCAAAAUAUCAUAUUUUGAGUGUGCAAAAAGCCUUAUUUGCAACUCUACUUGCAAAAGAUCUUGUUUUGAGUGUGCAAAAAGCCUUGUUGCACACACAUUAGCAGUUCUGUAUGCAAAAGGUCAUGUUUUGAGUGUGCAAAAUGUCGUUGCACACGCAUUAGCAAUUCUGCACGCAUAAGAUCAUGUUUUGUAGUGAUGUGAUGUUGUGAACUGAGGCUUCAAAGCAUAUAUCAAAAAAAAGAUUCAUCUCGCAGUAAAGCAGUAUACCGGAGCUUGAUUUGUUUGCCAUAAUCAUGUGAUCAGUGACGUCCGAAGCUUCAUUUUCACCUAUACCCACGUGACUGCUUCAGAUUUUGAUUCAAAGGUUUAAACACCUUUGUGAGUUAGUAACGUUUAUAGCGAGAGAUUACGCGUCGAUUACAUACAUCUCUGCUGUUUCAAAGCACUGCACCGGUCCCACGCACCAGUAAUUCAACUAAAAUACAGUAGUAAUUUAUAGUAAAAAGCUUUUGAACUAUAUUAAAGUGUAUUAUUUAUGUAUGUUUUUAAAGAAGGCCACUGCAUAUUAUAGUAUAGUGUGUAACGGAAGCUAGCUGGCUAGCCCAGUCCAAAAGCCUCACUCCCAUAGCCUCCUCCUUACAGUGCACUCACACCGAAGGCGGUGAGAGCGUCAAAGGUCGCUCUGGCCGCCCUGGCGUCAACGCUGUCUGUCUUCAGCUCCGGGGGCAAGAGCGUUAAAAUUCGCUACAUUGAUCUCGUAUUUAAAGGAGCCGUUGCAGCAUAUCAUAUCAGUUACACUUCCACAUACAACAUGCUUUGUAGCGUGAAAAUGUUGCGCACUUCUUAUCAAAUUUAAUUAACAAUGGAAGAUCAAGUUGCAUGUGGUGCAGCUUUGCUCCACUUAAUUAUCCAAUGUCUCCACAUGUCUGAAAUAUCCUGAAGCAGCAAUACUGUUUUGUACUGUCGCAUGAGAUUCCCGCUUUUUUAAAGACAAAUUUAUAACAUUAAUGCACAUCAGUAACUUUUUAAAUGUAUGUUUAUGUAAGAAAACAAACAAUUGGAAAACUGACGAAAGCAAUAAUCAAACCCUUGGGAGCAACUGUUCACAAGUUCACAGGACUUUAUUUUCUGGACUCUUCUAAUGCGGUGGACUUAUACAUUCUGAUUGGUUGCCCCCGAACCGCAUCAUAGUUCAUUACCAUAAAGUUGACUUGAUUUUUUCUCAACGCCCACACCAGCAAAGACGCGUCGCGCUGCUCCUUGCCGCUUAUCGCAGCCGGCUCGCAUUGAAAAUGAAUGACUUCCGGCUACUUUGAUGCUCUCACUGCUUUCGCUGUGAACAUACGGUUAGAGCGUUCACCUCCCAUGCAGGACUCGCUGGUUCGAUGCCCGCUAGGAACGAGUGUGUGGGUGUAGGACCGAUUGGAAUACCAUAAACGUAUACGUUUGAACACCUUGGAUUUUACUACAGUCAUCGGUGGUGUAAUGUAACCCCUCACAUGUUAAUACAGUAAUUUUUAUAUUACCAUUGUUCUAUUACUACAUGAAUGAGCUGGUCAGUUGUAAACGUUUAACAUAUUUCAACACGCUGCUUUCCCAUGCUUAAACCUAGUGUUUCCCAACCCUGUUCCUGAAGGCACACCAACAGUCCACAUUUUCAACCUCUCCCUAAUCAAACACACCUGAAUCAUCUUCUCACAACAUCAGAAGAGACUCCAAAACCUGAAGUUAAUGGGUCAGAUAACAGAGACAUCCAAAAUAUGUACUGUUGGUGUGCCUCCAGGAACAGGGUUGGGAAACACUGCUUUAACAAGAAGAGGUCCUAAUUGAGCUCUGAUUUGGAAAGCUUCGACUAACGAACCUUUUUCCGAUACAAUUGAGUCGAACGGUUCACUAGUUCAGAAAGAUUCAUUUCACCAUCACCAUCACACGCACAAAUGCUUCUUGCCCGCUCAAAAAAUGACCUUUUUUUUGCACAGAAACAUGAAAUUUUGUGAGCGGAAUUGUCACAAAGCUAACUCCAUAGUGCCACGCCCUUGUUAACUGUUAAUUAUUGUCUCCUCCCCCUUGUUUACCCUAACUGUUGGCACCUGUAUAAAAGACCCUUGUGUUUCAGUCAGUGUUGUUAAUGUUGCUCUUAUGUACGAGCUCCUGUUGUUUUCUCUGUUCCUGUUCGUUUGUGGAUUAUGGAAUAGUAUUUUUACAGAAAGUGGAUCCUCUUAGCAUGUUUUUGCCUUCACACACACACACACACACACACACAUAUAUAUAUAUUACUACUCGUGUGUAUAUAUAGUUAUAGUAUAUCUAGAAAAUGUAGUUCUCAAAAUAAAUCUUUACCUUUAUUUCUCCAAGUAUUUUCCUUCACUGUAGCAUUAAACACUGCCAGAGAAUCUUUAUAGAUUGCAUUAAAAUGUGAUUAACCAGCGGUCUACUGUAUAAGCAGAAAAGACCCGAUGUUUUCUUUCUGAAAGCACAAACUGCCAUGUUUAUAUGUUCAUAUUAUGAGAAAUGUUUAUGCAAUCUUUUUUUUUAAUGGUCAACGUGUUGUAUAUGAGAUUUGUUGAUUAUAUUCAUGUCAUGUCUUACUGUUUAUCUGUGUGUUAAUAGUCCUUCAAAGCCUUAUCAUGAAUGAAAGCUGCACCUCGCAUUUCCUCAACUGUGUUUUUUAUUUUUAAUAUAAAUACUACUGAAUGCUACUAAUAAACAGUGUAAAGCGAAUGCUGUUAACGGUAAAAGUACAUUAUAUUUUUGGAGUGAUUGUUGUGAGAGCACUGGAUGUCUGUGACUGCUGAUCACGAAAAUGCCUUCAAUGAGUAAGUCUUAUAAUAAUAAAUACUGUCCUUUUCAGAG